AUGGAUUUGUGCGUGACAAGUGCUCUGAUGCGUCAAACACGAAAAUCUUAACCCCCCUUUGUGGUUGGCCGAUCGUCGGCGAGCUUUUUAAAAUUCACGUCCUUCUGACUCUCAAUUUACCAAUCCGCGGGAAUGUCUAGCAUACCAAAUCGUUCACAAUUGUUCGUGGCGUCUCUCGCGCGGGGUCUCAACACGGCGCAGGUUCCCUGCGUCUUGUGGGGCCACUGCCUGCUCGGUCUCCACGGCGUGCCUUCCAUCGUGGCCUCGAUCGACUUCGUCAUUCCAGAUGACUGUUUAGAAGCCGGGGCGCGAGCCCUCGCUCAAUGCGACGGCCUCGUGCCUUGUCCGGACCCUUCAUCGUGCCCCGCCACCUCAAAGGGACGGCACACGCAGCCGCCAAUAUUCCACGCCCAUCUCGACGACAACCUGGAAGUCACGGCUGGUCUCUAUCUCCAAUCCGAUACUCUCUGGUUUCUUCCGCCGUUGGACCACUCAGUGCUGUUUCCUAGCAGCUCUCUCGACCUUCCACCCUACUUUGCCCUUGCGUCGGAUCCAACCGUGUUCCCCCCCUGGCGCCCAGGCCGAGGCGCCGGUGUUUUCAAGUCGGCCGCGGAUGCCGUCGUCGCUCCCAGGUCUCACAUUCUCUUGGAGGCUUACAUGCGUAUCCAUGCACGGGAUCAGGGGAAGCGUGUAGGUUCCUUUGGCAUCGCCAUGAUCGCCUACAUGCAGCUUUACGUCGACGCUGACGGGUUUUUGGACGCCGACCUCCUUCCGGAGCCACUCAAGACGUCCUACAAAGAACUCCAGGAGGACAAGAAGCCGAUGCGCCAGUGGAUGCUAGAGUUGAAGGCCGCUCUUGGAGUUGCUGAGGAGGAUCCCCAGAGUGAUGACGGGUACUAAAGUGGAAUAGAGUCAUCGGUUCCGAACUCGGUUUCGUGCGCCUUGUUCACAUCUCACGGAUCCUUAAUGUCAUUAAGCAAUAUGUGCCAUUUUCAAAGCAAUUUCUAUCUUGUCACUUGUGGUGGGUGACUGCAUUGGC